AUUCACUCCUCCUCAAAAUGCAGGGUCUUUCAAUAUCCAGUGUUUUGAAUAUUUAAACCUACAUUUAAUAGGGGCAUUUACAGUAAAACGAAGAGCGCUCCUUCUUUAAAGAAACUGGUUACUGCAAAUUGGUUCGGUUGAUGUCUCCGAUAACAAAAUCCCUUCACAAAUUCGAAAAUGUCGAAUUCGUCCCGACGAUUUUGUGGCGAACUGUUUGGGCUUUCAGGGAAGAGAGAGAAAGAGAGAGAGAGGGGUUUUGGGCCUCUUCUCAUUUCUUCUUUACCACUGUUCCGUCUUAAGUGUAUAUACCAUCUUAUCUAUCGUGGCUCUCUUCAUUAUUUACCGAAGAAAGUUCUCUCUCUCUCUCUCUCUGCGUUUUUUGCCCUAGCCGCUUAGGUGUGCUUUUAUUGUCUCCUCUCUCAGCGUUGCAGAAAGAAGGGUUUUGGGAUCUAAGGUUUUGACCAUUCAACCAUGGAGGGGCUUGAAGGUAUGAGCUUUGAUGGUGGAUUAGGUGUGAGAAAGAAGCCUAGAAGUUCUUUGCACAGACGGCCUCGGACUGGUUAUUCCCAGUUAUUUACCGAUGAAUUUGGUCGUGACCUUUCAUCACAAUCGCCCACUCCACCCUCUGAUACACAGGGCACUGGCAACUACUGUAGUUCUGGGAAUUUGAGCAAGGGAUCGAGCGAUGACAAUGAAGAGUAUGAUGAGGGCUUUCAAGAUGCUCAUUUUAAAUCGAGGGAUGGUUAUUGGAAGACUGCGUCUGUUAAUCAAAUGGGAGGAGAUAAUAAUCAGUGGGGUAUGGAUUGUGACACUUCAAACAAGACGGCAAGAAGUGGGGGAAAUUCUGGAGGUUAUAACGUGAAGAAUGGUAGAUACGCAGAUGACUUUUAUAGCAGUGGUAGUUUUAGAGGUUCUGCUUCAGGUCCCAAGAGAUGCAGUGAAGGUGUCCUAGCGCCAGCUAAUUGGAAAGGAAGUCAUAGAGAAAACCAGGCCAUGGAUAGCUUAGUGAGUAGAGACUUAGCUAACUGUCCAAAUAUUGAGGGAAAUGUUAGUAGUCGUCACAUGGGGCAAUUGGGGAUAUCAUCAAAUGGGUCAGGUAAUGGAGGCUCAGAUUCAAAGUCUAUGCCUAGAAAGGUAAAGCUCAAAUUGGGUGGAGUGACACAUACAAUUCAUGCAAAGCCUGCUGCAAAUUCUGGUGGUAUUAGGCAGAAUUCCUCUGGGGCUGCAUCUGCUAUGAAGCCUUUGCGUACUGAUGGCAGUAAGCGACGCCAGAAGUUGAUAACCCAGGAAAACUCAGAUGAUGAUUAUCCCUACCGAACAGGAAAGACCAACUCAUUGCAAGGCAUCCCGUGGAAAGAUUUCUCAGGUGGAAGUUUCCCGACAAAGGAGUCGAAAAGCAAAAGCUCAGGUGAGAAGAAGCAAUCCCAAAAGUCAUCUAACGCACCCUCCUCCAAGCCAGUUCGGAAGAGCAAGAGAGUCCCAAAGAGACGUGUACUAGAUGGGGAAUAUGAUGAUGCUGAAGAGGAUGAUGAGAUCCGAUACCUUGAGAGACUCAAAACCCCCAAGAUCAGCGCAGAUGUUGGUGGGGACUAUGAUGAUGACGAGGAAGAUGAAAAUCGGAGAAGGGGAAAAUCGAGGGGUGUCAAGAGGCGUCCUUUUGAGGGUGAGGUUGAUGAAGAUGGUUAUGAGGAGGAACUCACAUCAGUGAAUGAUGAUAUUGAUAACUCAGAAUUUGGGGCUGAGGGUAAGAGUAGCAAAAAGAGGAAGGAAACAGUUGAUUCUUUGGUUGAUGAAAAGAAGGAAUUCUCUCUCACGACACGCCAGCGAGCUCUCCAAUCAGGCAAGGACUCUGGAGUUGCUGCAAACCUGAUCGAGUUUCCAGAUGGGUUGCCAGCUACCCAGAAAAAGAAAAAAGAAAAGAUGACUGAAGUGGAACAACAGUUGAAGAAAGCUGAGGCUGCUCAAAGACGAAGAAUGCAAGUAGAAAAGGCAAAUAAAGAAUUAGAGGCAGAGGCAAUAAGGAAAAUUUUGGGUCAGGAUUCCAACAGAAAGAAGCGGGAGGAUAAGAUCCGCAAGCAUCAAGAUGAACUUGCACAGGCAAAGGCUGCAACUGCCAUGACACUUGCUUCAAGCACCAUUAGAUUGGUUUCCGGUCCAAAUGGCACAACUGUUUCAUUCCCCGAAGAUGGCCUACCUAGCAUAUUCAGUUCCACUCCCUGCAGUUAUCCUCCUCCUCGCGAGAAAUGUGCUGGCCCAUCAUGCACCAAUAUCUACAAAUACCGGGACUCCAAGUCGAAUCUUCCACUGUGCAGUCUCCAGUGCUACCGUGCUAUACACCAGACAAUGCAAUCAGUGGCCAGCUGAUGAUGUUCCUGGAGUCUCCUUUUUCAUCACUAAUUCUUAUUUGUGGGCUUCCAUGUAAUUGUAUAUUGUGGCUGGUAGCCUGUUGAGAAUGUUGGCCGAAUCUUGAGGGCUUAAAAAUGGGGGAUCCAUGAAGAAGGCUUACGAAUUGAUAAUACAAUGCAAUUGAAGAUUACAAGGUUCCUUUUUGUGCAAUGCUGCCAUCUCCUCCUGCGUUUGUAUGAGCCCUCUUACUAUCCAAUGAAAUUCUUUGAUGAUGCUUUUGUGGGUUUC